AUGGCGGCGGUGGCGGCCGGCGCAGGGGGCCCGGGCGCGGCGGGCGGCGGCGGCGGGGCGCGCGAGGGCGCGCGGGUGGCGGCGCUGUGCCUGCUGUGGUACGCUCUGAGCGCAGGCGGCAACGUGGUUAACAAGGUGAUCCUGAGCGCCUUCCCGUUCCCCGUGACCGUGUCGCUGUGCCACAUUCUGGCUCUGUGCGCCGGACUCCCACCGCUGCUGCGCGCCUGGCGCGUGCCCCCUGCGCCGCCAGUCUCGGGCUCCGGGCCCACCCCGCACCCGUCGCCCGGCCCUCUGCUGCCGCCGCGCUUCUAUCCGCGCUAUGUGCUGCCGCUCGCCUUCGGCAAGUACUUCGCGUCCGUGUCAGCGCACGUCAGCAUCUGGAAGGUGCCGGUGUCCUACGCGCACACCGUCAAGGCCACCAUGCCCAUCUGGGUGGUCCUUCUGUCUCGGAUCAUCAUGAAAGAGAAGCAGAGCACCAAGGUGUACUUAUCACUCAUCCCCAUCAUCAGCGGGGUCCUGCUGGCCACUGUCACCGAGUUGUCAUUUGACAUGUGGGGGCUCAUCAGUGCUCUUGCUGCCACACUGUGUUUCUCACUUCAGAAUAUUUUCUCCAAAAAGGUAUUGAGAGACUCACGGAUCCACCAUCUCCGGCUGCUGAACAUUUUGGGCUGCCAUGCCGUCUUCUUUAUGAUCCCCACAUGGGUCCUGGUGGACCUCUCAGCUUUCCUGGUCAGCAAUGACCUGACAUACGUGUCCCAGUGGCCCUGGACACUCCUCCUCCUGGCUGUCAGUGGCUUCUGUAACUUCGCCCAGAAUGUCAUCGCCUUCAGCAUCCUCAACCUCAUCAGCCCUCUGAGCUACUCAGUGGCCAAUGCCACCAAGAGAAUCAUGGUCAUCACGGUGUCCCUGAUCAUGCUGCGGAACCCAGUCACCAGCACCAAUGUCCUGGGCAUGAUGACGGCCAUCCUGGGGGUCUUCCUGUACAACAAGACCAAGUACGAUGCAAAUCAGCAAGCAAGGAAGCACCUCCUCCCCGUCUCGACAGGGGACCUGAGCAGUAAAGAACACCAUCGGAGCCCCCUGGAGAAGCCCCAUAAUGGCGUCCUCUUCCCCCAGCACGGGGACUAUCAGUACGGCCGCAACAAUACCUUAACAGACCACUUCCAGUACAGCCGGCAGAGCUACCCGAACUCGUACAAUUUGAACCGCUAUGACGUGUAGAGCCUCAUGCACAGGGUGGGCUUUUCUGUGACUCCUGCCCCACCCCCAGCAGCACCACUUCUGACAACCAGUGAAUGUAAACCCACCCAAGGGGAUGGUACAUAGGAGUGGUACACAACCAUCAGAGGACCCUGGGCUCCCAGCGCCCGGAGCAGCAGGACGCCCUCCCUGCCGUGAGGACCACCACCCUCGAGCUCGUUUCCUGCCCUUCCUUCCUGGAGUCUGUCAUCUGAGGGCGAUUUUGCUACGGAGAUCUUGGCCAGGUGUUACCUUUCUGCGUGGACUUUUCCCCUAUGUCAUGUAUUUCAGAGUUUUUGUUCUGCUUCCCAGAUAACAUUUCCAGGUAACCCUCUGGAAAGGCGGGAUCACUGUGGAUACACACCCCGGAGCAGGCAAGGGGAUGGACUCAGUUUCCCCACCAGCCCCAUGGCCGUUUGCAGUUACUAGCAAGCACGCCCAAGUGAACAGCUAUUGCAGUUGGCAUGGGAUUCUUGGAGGCUGAUUCUUUGACCUGCGAGUCCGAAUUGGUGCGUGCAGGGCACUGCCCCGCCCAGGGCAUGAGGAGGGGACUAUGGAGCUGGGCGGGGGUCGUUAGGAAAUCACGUUCAGUGUUUCCAGCUCUAUUUCUAUAAUAGUCGUUUUGUCUUUUCUGGUGGGUCUUCACUGCUGUGAUGACUUUGCAGGAUGUUGCGGAGAUACUGAUUUUAUGAGAAUCUUGCAUUUUUCUAGGGGAUAUUUUAUAGUGGUGUGUGUAUUUAUGCCUUGGUCCCCCCCCCAGGAGGGGACGCAUGAAGACUGGCUUAUGGGUUGAAAACCCUUUUGUUUUUAAAUGUUUAAAAAUAAGAAAAGUUCCCCCUGGUGAUGCCUGUCUUGACACAUCUCGGCAUUCUGUGGGAAGCAGUGAGGUGCCGAGAAGCGCCUCCCGAAUGACCACAAUCGCUGAAAGCAGAAUGAAUCGGGAAUAUCAUGUCGAUGAUUUGUCUGCAGACAAGAGCCCAGUGCUUGGAUUCCACGGCCUGUUCGUGUUUACGCUGUGAUCUGAAUCAUGUCCUGGUGAGGGGGAGAAGGGGCGAGCACCAAGUGAGGAUCUGGUUUGCCAAACCUGAUGCUUUGGUCAAGGAAAAGUUUGGGUUCUGGCAGGUUCAAAUCUUCAGAAAGAUUAUGUGAGCCCAGCAGGGACCUCCGUGUGUCAAGGUCCAGAUCAGGGUCUCCAGCUUUGUUGGCAUCACGAAGGACUGUGUCCUGCCUCCCUGAGGGGACCACUGGCUGGGUCGGUAGGGUCUAUGGCGAUGGCUGCUUUCUUCCUCCAGCAUUGUCUGGGGGUCACCCUUUACCUGCUGGUGAGUGAGACGUCUCCCCGUUCAAAGAAGUGUCGUAGCUUAUGCUUGACUUCUGGUCGGUUGAUUUUUGAUCAUUGGAAUUUUGUAUUGAAGAGGUCCCGCUUUGUCAGCUCACAAAUGGGCCACUCCUGGCGAGUUCACAGAAGCCUUCUGACCUGUGAGUUUAUGAAGCACCAGCCUCCGGAGUCCCUGUUUGUUGUCUGUUGUUCACUUGCUAAUAAUUACUUUGGCCCCAAGUUUCAAGAUGAUUGCUGUGUGAAACCUGAAAAGGCCGUCCUGAAGGGUAUUGGUGGUGACAGGAGCUCGCUGAGUGCUUUCACCAGAGGCAGGUGAAUUUUUCUCACUGGUGAAUAACAAGUGGGGAUAAUUUUUGCAAGUCUGCCAAGAUAUUCUGAUCGUUGUCUUUAUGAUUACAGUAACCGACUCCUUGAACAUA